UGUGGCAAGAGCACAGACAUUCACUUUAUUAUUCUUCUUUAAAGUGUACAGAUAUCUCAUGUACACUUUCGUACCUAUGAUAAAUGUUUCAUGUUACCUUCCUAGAUAGGUCAUCUUUGUCUAUCCAAUCCAAAAUAACUACCCAGUUACUCUAUAUCAUAUGAGCCUAUUUUAAUAAUCUAGUUUUUUUGGUAUGAUUUUUCUAGCUUUGAAUUAUCUAUCCUUUGGACUAUUUGGCAGAAUUUCAGGAUAUGCAACAAUAAUUUUCAAAAUAUGUUUCCUAUACAUUUUCCAGGCAGUUUAGGGAUAUGUUUUUUUAAAUAGCCACUGAACAACAUUACAUUUUAAAUUCUGUCUAAAAGCUAUUUUCCACUACAAAUCUAAAAUUACCUUAAUAAUCACAUCUCUUUUAAAAAUAAAUGGUAAACUGAACUGGUUUUACAAUUGGGCUUCAAAGUCUGUGCCACUUUGUAGCAAUCUGAGAAAAUUCUCUCUUCAGACUUCACCUUUCUCACAAAACGGAGAUAAAGCUUAACUCACAGUAUUUUGAGGAUAUUUAAAACCUGUGAGAAAGCGAAUAGGAGAAUAUUUUAGCUACUUAGAAGCACUUAACAAUGUUUAGCCAUCUCUCAAUUGUAGCCAUGAAUUUUGCCCCUACCUGUAUUUUCCUCUUGGAAAUUCCUCUUGGAAGUUCCCUGUACCUUUCUGCUGGAUGGAUACAGUUAAUGAUGAGACUAGGAAAUGGCAAAGCCACAGGGUAGAAGCCUGGCUCCCUAAUUCACAAUGUAUAGAAGAGCUACCUGCCAACUAGAAAAACGCACUUUGUAUUCUUAUAAAAAAUAAACUCCUAUAGUGUUUGAGUAAUAAUACACUUUUUUGUGUGUUGAUUUACAAGAGCUAUUUAGUCUACCCUAAUUAAUAUAUUAUUGAAAGAUACUACCAAAUGCUGAGUGUUCUGGCCUUCUUCCUUCCUCAGCCUCAGGAAACUGGCAGCAAGGCUUUUCUCACACAGAUAGGAUACUGGAAGUUUCCCCUCCCUAACACUGACUACACAGAUAAAUAACUUGCAGAUAACAGUUUGGGGGAGGGGAUACAGCCUUCAGUGAAAUACCCAGGUCAGAUCACCUCACAGUGAAGCCCACUAUUUGAAGAGAUCCACCUGUGCUUACAGUGCUUUUAACAUUUUUUUCUCACUCCAAAACAUAUUUUUAAUGUAAACAUCAAUAAACGCAGGAAGGAAAGUGUAUUUUGAGGGAGUGGUAUGAAGAAACCUAAAUCCUAAAUAUCCAACUCAAUAGCUAGAAUCCUGAGCACUUUUAGAAUUCCACUAGCGCUUUUAUUCUUCGUAUCUUACUUUAUUUUUCUUUAUAUUAUUUGACAAUCCCUGAUAUAUUUACCCCUCCUUUGUUUAUCUGUUUCCUCCAACCUGGAUGUUCCAAGAGGACGGGACUUUGAAUUUUGCUCAAUUCUGUACCCCAGUUUCUGGAAAAGUGCCUGGAACAUGGAAGGAAUUUAGUAAAUAUCUGUUGAAUAAGUAAAUGGAUUGGCAAUUACAGGGUUUAAAAAAAAGAUCUAAGAAAAUAAUUUACUCAUAUAGAUCCAGUCCCGAUACAAAUGAUUUCUUUAGUCUUGCAUGGUUACAAAUAGAUGUCUCUCUUCUAGAAAAACUGAGGCAAUCCUUCCGAAAUAACUAAUUUUAAAAAGCCUCCCUUCCUGUGAACAGACAAUUCCAAAGCUCUUCCACAAGGCACUACCAAUACAACCACAGGUCAUGGCCCUGUAAUCCCUCCCUAGUACUCAUGAUGUAAGCAAUCUUACAUUAAUGUGCACAAUAAUGUAAUUAUUAGCAAGAAUAAUGUAAACAUUAAUAUAGAUUACUGUAAAUUAGUAAUGUAAUUACUGUAAAUUAAUUAACAUAAGCAUUAUUAGAUGCAGGAAGACAAGUGAAUUUGGGGGCAGUGGCAUCUAUGAGACAUAAAUCCUCAUCUGCCACAGAAGGAAGUCAACACAUACUAUCCAUAACUGAAAAUGCAAUAAACAGCAGAAAAUACUUCUUACUUAAAAAUACAGAAACAAGCAUUAAAUGAAACAGCUUAAAAUGUUGAAGGUGGUUACUCUGGGAACCAAUACUCCCGGACUGGGAGGACUAGACCAGGAUAUGUUUAACUUUGACUUUUUCAUUUCAGGCUCGAUGCUGCCAUUUCUCUGAGCUCGUGGAAAACUUGAUCUAAAUCUUAAUUAGGAGCCUUCUAAGAUGGAGAACACAUUCAUUGCAGAGAGGUCAGGCUCAAAUACACGUCUAUCACAACAUCUAAAACUUAACUCAGGAAAAAACCUCCACGAUUUUAAAUACAAAGCACUGCACAUGCACGCACUCAACACCUCUCCUUCUUUCUCCAUGGACAACACACCCACAACCCCUGCACAUUUACCAAUCAACACAACUGAGCAGUGGAGCGAAUGAGGUGAGUGAGGGCCCAGAAAGUUGGAGCAGGAACGAUCCGAGCCUUCAGUUAAUCCUAACGUCACCUCUAACGUUUGAGGUAAGAAUGUUUCAGGAAACCAAGGGGGACCAACGCUCAGCACAGUAGAGAAAGACACCAAGCUACGGGGACCCGCCGCGCCUCCCGCGCCGGGGUGGAGCUGACCCCGCCGAGCCCCGCCCCAGCCUGCGUCUGCCAAUGAUCCAGAAGCCGCUCCUUUCUACUCGGGAAACCUUCAGAGGAGUCUCAGAAAGGACACGGCUGGCUGCUUUUCUCAGCGCCCAAGCCGCGCCAUGCUUGUCCUCAGAAGCGCCCUGACUCGGGCGCUAGCCUCACGGAGGCUGGCGCCUCAGGUGUGCUCAUCUUUUGCUACGGGACCCAGACAAUACGAUGGAACAUUCUAUGAAUUUCGUUCUUAUUACCUUAAGCCCUCAAAGAUGAAUGAGUUCCUGGAAAAUUUUAAGAAAAACGCUCAUCUUCGGACAGCUCACUCUGAAUUGGUUGGAUACUGGAGUGUAGAAUUUGGAGGCAGAAUGAAUACAGUGUUUCAUAUUUGGAAGUAUGAUAAUUUUGCUCAUCGAACUGAAGUUCGGAAAGCCUUGGCCAAAGAUAAGGAAUGGCAAGAACAAUUCCUCAUUCCAAAUUUGGCUCUCAUGGAUAAACAAGAGAGUGAGAUUACUUAUCUGGUACCAUGGUGCAAAUUAGAAAAACCUCCAAAAGAAGGAGUCUAUGAACUGGCCACUUUUCAGAUGAAACCUGGUGGGCCAGCUCUGUGGGGUGAUGCAUUUAAAAGGGCAGUUCAUGCUCAUGUCAAUCUAGGCUACACAAAACUAGUUGGAGUGUUCCACACAGAGUACGGAGCACUUAACAGAGUUCAUGUUCUUUGGUGGAAUGAGAGUGCAGAUAGUCGUGCAGCUGGGAGACAUAAGUCCCAUGAGGAUCCCAGAGUUGUGGCAGCUGUUCGGGAAAGUGUCAACUACCUAGUAUCUCAGCAGAAUAUGCUUCUGAUUCCUACAUCGUUUUCGCCACUGAAAUAGUUUUCUACUGAAAUACAAAACAUUUCAUUAACUGCUAUAAGAUCUGUCUGCUAAUGGUGCUUAAAUUCUCCCAAGAGGUUCUCAGUUUUAUUUGAAGGAGGUGGUAAGUUAAUUUGCUAUGUUUCUUGCAUUAUGAAGGCUACAUCUGUGCUUUUUAAGUACCACUUCAAAAAAUAGUUCUGUUUACUUUCUGCAUGGUAUUUCAGUGUCUGUCAUACAUUAAAAAUACUUGUCACUGUUUUAAGAUCUUGACUCUUCAUUUGUUUCAGAAUAGCUCUUCUACUGUACUCUAACAACUCUGCUUUAUAGCAUUUUGUUGUAUUCAAAUGAUAAUGGUAGCAUUUCCAUGCUUGUGACAGCAUUUUUAAAUUAUUAAUAUAUUUUAUCAACCUUUCCAUCAUGUCUGUUUUCCUGGUUUUUUUGGUUGUUUUUUGUCCAGUAAAAUUUAUUUUGUAAUACCAAAUAGGAUUCAUGAAAAUUAACAUAUUUCUUUACUAUGGAAAACCACAUUGUCAUUUGUGACAUCUAUGUUAAAUAUGGUUUUCACAUUAGUUAUUUGUCACUUACUUGGAAAAUGAUGCUGUUAGGUCCUGGUAUUAAAAAUCUAGAAAAGACUUGUUGGUUUAUAUGCUGAAAUGUCUUUAUUUAUCAUUAAUUUUAACUACUAUUUACUUCAUUUUGGAUCCUGUUUAACAAAGAUACUUGAGACAUCCAUUUGUUUUAAUGAAAUCUUUAUGGAUAUGGAAAUGCUUGCCCUAAUAAAAGCCUACAUAUACA